AUGGAACAGGAGAAAUAUUUACCCGAGCUGAUGGCAGAGAAAGAUAGCUUGGAUUCUUCCUUUGUUCAUGCAAUGCGCCUUUUGGCUGAAGAAAUUGAAAAAUUCCAGAGUUCAGAUGAGAAGAAGGAAGAUGAAGAGAAAAAAUAUCUUGAUGUCAUCAGCAACAAAAAUAUAAAACUGUCAGAAAGAGUAUUGAUUCCUGUCAAACAGUAUCCAAAGUUUAAUUUUGUGGGGAAAUUGCUUGGUCCAAGAGGAAAUUCCUUAAAAAGAUUACAAGAGGAAACAGGCGCAAAGAUGUCAAUCCUGGGUAAAGGUUCCAUGAGAGACAAAACUAAGGAAGAAGAACUAAGGAAGAGUGGGGAAGCCAAAUACGCACACUUGAGUGAUGAACUACAUGUAUUAAUUGAAGUGUUUGCCCCACCCGGAGAAGCAUAUUCACGGAUGAGUCAUGCCUUAGAAGAAAUUAAAAAAUUCCUCGUUCCAGACUAUAAUGAUGAAAUCCGUCAAGAGCAACUCAGAGAAUUAUCAUAUUUAAAUGGUUCAGAGGAUUCAGCUCGUGGACGAAGCAUUCGAGGAAGAGGGAUCCGAGUUUCCCCUGCAGCUCCUUCAAGGGGACGUGGGAGUGCGAUUCCUCCUCCACCUCCUGGACGAGGAGCUCAAGCACCAAGAGGAACCCCAGUGACACGUGGAGUACUCCCAGCCCCUCCUGUAGCCAGGGGUGUUCCAACCCCACGAGCAAGAGGAGUUCCAGCUGUACCGGGUUACAGGCCACCCCCUCCCCCAGCACAUGAACCCUACGAAGAAUAUGGAUAUGAUGAUGGAUAUGGGGGCGAAUAUGAUGAACCAAGUUAUGAGGCCUAUGAUAACAGCUAUGCCACACAAACACAGAGUCUGCCUGAAUAUUAUGACUAUGGUCAUGGAACAAGUGAAGAUGCUUAUGACAGCUACGUGCAAGAAGAGUGGGCCAUAAGCCGUCCCAGCCUAAAGGCGCCACCUCCCAGGUCAACCAGAGGGGGUUACAGGGAACACCCCUAUGGUAGAUAUUGA